AUGAACCCUUCCUUCGGAAUUCUUCUUUGCUUGGCCAUUUUCUCCGUUGUGGAGCUUGGACAUUGUAGGAGAUACGAACGCCUACGCCCCGAAUGUCCCAUUUUAGAUUGCGCCAAACCCCCGGAGAACUGUCGCACGGAGGUUGUUUAUGACGAUGGCUGCCCUGAGGCCUGUGUGCUAGUCUGUGAGUGUCCCAAACCGAACCCGUUGUCUCUGGAGUACUGUGAAAACACAAACCCUAGGUGCUCUGUGGAAGAAGACUUCCUUAUGCUGGCGAACGGAAAAAGAUGUUUUAAUGGAUGUGUGAUAGAGUGUGGGUUUUAA